UCAACAGUGAUGUCUGGCACUGUAUCUCAAAGCGACCAAGAGGAGGACUACCGUUUCCUCCACAGCACGCUGAUGGAGAAGAAGCUCCACCUCCUUUUUAAGAUCCACGAGCGGCUGAGGCUCUUUGUGAAACGAGGACCCGCUCCCGUCCAAGAGCAUGCAACCAGUCUGGCCUCGCAUUUAUUCCAAGAGCUGAUUCACCAUGAAUGGAGAGAUGAAGUCAAAGAACUUUUCGCCCUCUUUUGUAAACCUCACUUCAAGAGUCUUAUAUUCGUCCAUGAUGCAGUAGCUCAGAGGGAUUAUGAGCCUACUCUGCCACAAGUACCUGAGGGCAUUAUAGAUGACGGAGAAGAUUCAGUGAAGAUUGUCAGUCUGGUUAAAACCAAGGAGCCACUGGGUGCUACGAUUAAGAAGGAUCAAUCCACAGGGGCGAUUGUUGUGGCGAGGGUCAUGCAAGGAGGUGCUGCCCACAAGAGUGGUCUGAUUCAUGAAGGAGAUGAGCUAAAAGAAGUCAACGGCGUCUCCCUGGAUCGCAGGAAGCCGAAAGAAAUUCUUCCUUUGCUGGCACGCUCGCAGGGUGACGUUACGUUCACAAUUGUUCCUGCCUCCUCCAAGCAAGAAGUGCAAUCCAAUAAGAAGCUAUUUGUCAGGGCUCUGUUUGACUACAACCCCAGUGAGGAUCCCGCUGUCCCAUGCAAGGAUGCAGCAAUUGCUUUUAACAGAGGCGACAUCCUCCAGAUUGUCUCUACAGAGGACGAUACCUGGUGGCAAGCCUGCCAUGUUGGGGGUGGUGACACACGAGCGGGGCUUAUCCCCUCACAGCAGCUUCAGGAGAGGAGAGUUGCACUGAAACGACCCCAAACCUUGUUCCGACAACAGCAAGUCAAGGCAGCAGUUUUUCCAGUUGACGAGGAUGUUGACUAUGGAGCUAUAACUGGAAUCCACAUUGCUGGUUUAAGAAGUAGUUUCCGACUGGGCAAGAAGAGCAAUUGGGUCAAAGAAGCAGCUCGGUCCAAAAGGUGGAGCUCUGGAGUUCAUGAGUCCAUUUGUCCUCCUACCUACAUAGAAGUCAUCCCUUCCAAUAAAGACUGUGGACAAAGACAGCAACUGGUUGUCUUGCUUGGGCCCAGCGGUGUUGGUGUUAAUGAACUGAAGAGGAGGCUCCUGAUCUCAGAUCCGGACCUCUAUGCUACAACUGUACCAUACACCACACGUGAAAAGAGAAGCCAAGAGAGCGAAGGGAUGGAUUAUCAUUUUGUAUCCGUCCACAAAUUUGAAGAGGACAUUCUCAACCGCAGAUUUAUAGACUACGGGACAUACAGAGGCCACUACUAUGGAACAAAUCUGGACUCUGUUUAUCGUCUGAUGGCUGAGGGAAGAAUUUGCCUACUGGAUGUGCGUCCUUGUAAACUGAAGCAUGUCUACACACUGGAAUUCAAACCAUACGUGGUUUUUGUGAAACCCCCGCGUAUCGAGGAAUUACGCCUCACCAGGAGAAGAGCCAAAUUCAUCUGUGAUGAAGAGGAGCCCAACCAAGUCAGGAUGUUCUCGGAGGAAGAUUUUGAAGAUAUGAUUCACUCGGCCGAAACCAUGGAAGCCCAGUACGGUCACAUGUUUGACAAGGUGAUGGUGAACGGCGAUAUCACCUUGGCCUUCAGAGAGCUUAAAGCGGAUCUCCAGCGGCUUCAGGAGGAAGAGGUUUGCUGGAUUCCCGCAGAGUGGCUUUGCUUCUCGCCAACAACGGCGAGGAGGAGUUGCGGCCUUUUGGGCGGCUGGAUUUGAGCUGAAGUUGAAUGAUCAAGUGUAAAAUAGGCACCACCGCUUCUAAAUGUGUUAAUAAGUAAGUUGAAGCACAAUUUCCGUCAUAUAUGAAAGGCUUUUACUUCUGUAAACAAGUCAAGUGAUGAGGUUUGUCCCUGAACAUGUUAAUUGGCUAACCAGACAACCUUCUUUUUUUGUCGCAGUGCCAGUUUUCUAUUGGCAUUUGGCUGAAAUAAGGUCGGCUCCAACUAUUAAAUUAAAAAAGGUGGGGAGAGUGGUUUUGGAGGGGGGGGCUUGCAGAGCUUGCGGCAGAACCUAGCCCAACUCUGCCAAGUCGCAAACAUUAGCAUGGAAUUAUUCUGACAGCUGCUGCACUUCAAUUAACAGAAUGUAAUGCGCACCAGAGAAAUAUUAUUAGUAGCAGGCGUAGGGACUGUACAAUUUAGAGGCAUAAACAAGAAAACAUUCUUGCAUUCAGUAUUGAAAGUGGGCUCAGUCCAAGUAAAUUCACUCACUCAUUGUUAUCUUUCUUUGCUGAUAUUAUUCACAGGAGCUGCCUCAUUGAUUUUUUUUCUGGUGGCUGUAUUCUUUCCCUAGUUUGUUUCUUUUGAAUGUUUGAACAAAGUGGUGUUAAUGUUCUUGGGAGGAAGAAGGAGCCGCAUGAUGUGAGGGAG